AACCCUUCCCCCAAUUCUUUCCUGCGGUUUAACAACCUCCAUCAACCUUCUGCACAAAGUAGGGUUCUCCCCCUGUCCCCACCACCCGCCUCCGCCCCCAUGGCGCGCGCCGCCGCCUCCAGACUCGCCGCCGCGGCGACCUCCUCCUCAGCGCGCGAGCUGUUCGCCCGCCACCUCGCCGCCGCCUCGGCGUGGGCCGGUCCGUCGCGGCUGCCCGGUCCAGUGAAUUGGGCAGGGCGGGAGAGGCGGAGCGCGAGCUGGUGGUGCCCGAGCAGAUCGUUCCAUGCCACAAGGAGGGUGAAUGCAAGGGAUUACUAUGAUGUGCUUGGAGUGAGCAAGGAUGCUUCUGCGCCAGAUAUAAAGAAGUCAUAUUAUGCGCUUGCAAAGAAGUUCCAUCCGGAUACUAAUAAAGAUGAUGUUGAUGCAGAGAAAAAAUUUCAAGAAGUUAACCGUGCCUACGAGGUUUUGAAGGAUGAUGAUAAGCGUGAAACAUAUGAUCAGCUUGGACCAGAAGCAUAUGAGCGUCAAGCGACAGGUGGUGGGCCAGAUGGUUUCCCUGGAGGGCAGGGUUUUCCUCACGGUAACCCAUUUGGUGAUAUCUUUACCGAUAUCUUUGAUAAUGCGUUCAAAGGAGGCCAAGAUGUCAAGGUUUCUGUUGAACUAUCAUUCAUGGAAGCUGUCCAAGGCUGCAGAAAAACCAUUACAUAUGAAGCUGAUACUUUCUGUAGAACUUGCAAUGGAAGUGGUGUCCCCCCUGGAACUGUACCUAAAACAUGUAAAGCAUGUUCAGGUGCCGGUGUGAUAUACAUGCAGAGGGGUAUAUUUACUCUUGAAUCUACUUGCUCCCAGUGCAGUGGGAGCGGAAAAAUUGUGAAGAAUUUUUGCAAGACUUGCAAAGGCGAACAGGUAGUGAAGGGGAAAAUGACAUUUAAGCUAGACAUAAUGGCAGGAAUUGAUGAUAAUGACACCAUGAAGGUUUUUGGUAAGGGUGGUGCUGAUGUUGAGCGCAAUAAGCCUGGCGACCUUUAUGUUACCAUCAAGGUCAGAGAUGAUCCUAUCUUUCGUAGAGAAGGCAACCAUGUGCAUGUUGAUGCUGUUCUAAGCAUUGCCCAGGCUGUCCUAGGUGGAACUGUCUCGGUACCAACCCUCACUGGAAAUGUUUCAGUCAAGGUUCGGCAAGGCACCCAACCGGGAGAGAAGGUUGUCCUGCGUGGCAAAGGAAUAAAAGCGAGAAAUUCCUCGACGUUUGGAAAUCAGUAUAUCCACUUCAAUAUCAGAGUCCCAACGGAGCUGACACAACGGCAACGGGAGUUGAUACAGGAGUUCGAUAAAGAGGAGUGCAAUGACGGGGAGGGAGUUGCAGCUGCCUCCGGUUGAAAGUUUUGGUGGCGCCAUUCAUUGAUGACCACAGCCCCAGUAUACGUGCUGUAGGCACCAAAAAUUAUUUAAACAUUUUUGACCCUUAUAUAGCGGCAAUCCAACGUGUAAUUUAAAUACAUUAUACGCUACCGGUAACUCUUGAGCUUAAGUUAUUGUAACCUUAUGCACCUCGUUAUAUGGCAGCUAUCCAUUGUAAGAUGAACUAGGGACAGAGCAAAGCUAGUGAAGCAGUUUUCCAUUUUGGGCUGGCUUUAAUCAUCUUUUGAUGUAUGCCGAGUGUUAAGAGUGUAUGCUGGAUAUUAUCACCAGAAAUGUUAGUAUAUUCCCAUAGAAUGCAAGCUUAUCACCACGUCAUAA